UUUAUUGCAUUAUGUGGAAAAUUGUCAUUUUCGGAUGAUGUAGCUAGCGUGCUAGCAUACGACUGCGUCUGCUUUCGAGUACUCAAAUGCCAUGAAACAAAACAUGAGUAAUGAAAAAGUUCGGAUAUUCUUACGGCCAUUUUAGUAAAUACACAGAUUAGUAAUGAUUUGAGUAGUAGAAGGAAUUCGGAUAAUAGAUGGAUAGAUACAUAUUUGUGAAAUAAUGUCCAAUAUUAGCAAGUUUAUUCCUUUCACUCAUUGCUGACUAACCACCAGAUGUUAUGCAAACGCAGUGGUAUCCUGCUAAAAACUACUCCACUCUCCUUUUCCUCACUGCGCCUUCUCGUCUCUCCUCUUCGUCUGCUGACGGCGACAAUGUGGCGGGUGGCACAGCAGCAGAGUGUCAAGGAUUAUGGAAUUUUGGAAGAGUUUGUGUCUCUGAUGACAGAGGCAGUUCCCCAAUUGCUGACUGAAAAACAGAGGAGCCUGCUGCUGCUUGCGCUCAGGGCCAAGAUGAGCCUUCAUGAUGCUGAAGCGCAAACUGACCACCAGGUCAACCAGGACAGGAUUUCCUCCAUCUACAUGACACCACUCGAUGCAGGCUCACAGAUUGUCGACUGUGGUUCCGCGUUAUUGACUCUGACUAAUAAAGCCAGUCAAUUGGAAAGACAGUGCCUAUUGCAGGAUGUGUUCAACCAGACCUUUGAUGAGGCUCUCCAGACUCUUCUCUCUGACUUCUUGGCCCGGCUGGAGCAGCUUUUUCCUGUCCCUGACUUCAAACAGGCUGCAUCAUGGCUCAGUGCUGCCCCCGCUUGCCUGGCUGACUGUUUCAGUCUGGCUGACAGGGAGGACCUGAAAACACUACUAAGUAAUCCAAGCUGUUGGUUAGGUCAAGUCACUCCCGCAGUUGAUUGUGACACAGAGAACAUCCUCCACUCUGCUUGGUCCCAUCCUCUCAUCACAAAGCUGACCAAUCCUGAGCCUCCUCACCUCAGUGUACAAGUCCAAUCAGAUUUUUACACUGACACGGGGAGUCCCGCCUUGGAUGUGGAUAUGGAGGUAACCGUGAUGAUGGAAGAUGAAAAAGAGGACUUUGUGAUAGUGCAGAUGUCGCCACCAGCUGAACCAGAGUCCAACCUCAGCUCAGCUGUGGAUUCCGUCACACACAUGAAACCUGAGGGAGAUGGUGUUGAGGACUUUGGUGCAAGCCAAUCAGAACAUGUGCCAGAUCAGCCGCACACUGAUGCCAUAUCCGGCGUUACCCAACAUUCCCAGCGAGUGGCUCACAAAUGUCCGCAGUGUGGGAAAUAUUUCAUCUACCGCUCUCAGGUGAUCCGUCACCUGCAUGCCAAUAAGUCCUGUGGCUCCACCUUAAGCACAAUUGUAACAGCGCGCCAAGAUAAAGCACAUGCUGGCGACAAGACGCUCCCCUCCAAAGAACGCCAACACAAAUACCUUCGCUCCACUAGAAGCCACAUGUGUUUCCAGUGCGACGAUGUCUUCGGCACCAAAGCCGAGCUGCUGUCGCAUCAGCGCAGCCACCGCGCCCGGCCCGUCUUUCAAUGUGGCCAGUGUGACAAGGAGUUCCUUCACCUAUCCACUUUGACCAAUCACAAGCAGACCCACCGUGACAGCACCGCUUACAUCUGCAGCAAGUGCGGCAAAGAGUUCACCUCGGCCAAAGAGAGAGACGCCCACCGCCAACGGCACCGGCCGCUUGACCUCACCUGCACAGUGUGCUCGCAGAAGUUCAGCUCGCAGUCGCAGCUGCUGCGCCAUCUUCAGACACACACGGUGGAGGGUGCUGAGCCGUGCUUCCGUUGCCGUUUCUGUGAGGAGACCUUCCCAGGAGUGACUCUGCUUCGUAUCCAUCAGCGCUCGCACACGCCCCGCUCAUACCAGUGCGAGCAGUGCAACAAGAUGUUCGCCUCGCACACCGGCCUCCAGUCGCACAGAGCGACUCACAACGCAGACAGCCGCUUCCUGUGCUCUCAGUGCGGUAAACGCUUCAAGACACGUGACGGGCUGGAGGGCCACCUGAGGACGCACAGUGGCGAGCGACCGUAUCGCUGCCCUUACUGUUCCAAAGAUUUCACGGCCCUCGCUGGCCUCAACGUGCACGUGCGGCAGCAUACCGGCGAGCGGCCGUACGUAUGCACGGUUUGCGGCAAGGGCUGGCCGUCCGGGGGCGACCUGCAGAAACAUAUGAGGAUUCACACUGGUGAGCGGCCGUACACCUGCCAGGAAUGUGGGAAGUCCUUUGCUAACUCAGGCCACCUGAUCGAACAUCGCCGCAUCCACACAGGCGAGAAGCCCUUCUCCUGUCCCGAAUGUGGAAAAUGUUUACGGAGGAAGUUCGACUUGAAGAAACAUUUGUUGGGCCACAGCACCAAUCGUCCGUAUGCCUGCGUUUUGUGUCCAAAGAGCUACACUCGCAGGACUCACCUUAACAGACACCUGCUGACACACACGCCGGCUGGCGGCGAAGCAAUGGCACCUGACAAGGUUUGACUUCAAUAUCUUUGAAUGAUGUGCAGCUUUUCAUCCAUGUCUUCUUUAAAGAAAUAUUUUUGGGUGUUUUGAACCAAUCGAUCAUGCUAUAGAUUGACUGUUUUUACUGCUAAUAGAAUUUUAGUUGGGUGUGAUUGUGAUUUUGAAUGGUUGUUUUUCUACGUGUGCCUUGCGAUUGGCUGCUGACCAGUUCAGAUUGUACUCCCCCCUUCCAAUACUUGACAAAUAUGGAUUUGUUAGCGAUGUUGGGACUUUACGACAUCGCCCAUCUUUAUCACCAUUAGCAUGGCAUUCAUCAGGAAAUAAAACCUUUUGAAAAAUGUA